AUGGCACUCUCAAGUCGUCCAAGUGUCCGCAUCGGGCUGCCCGCUACUCCUGCACCUCGUUCUCGUUCUCUUUCCAGGACGAGACAGCCGAUGCCUGACCGCGAGAGCAUUCGGUACAUCGAGAGCAACGCGGACGCAUACAUCCCAUCUCGCGCAGCUCCUACGCCUCCUCCUGUUCCGCAGCUGCGUAAACAGCUUUCCAUCGCCGAUCUACGCCCCGGUCCUUCGCGGCGGUCGCGUUCGGUCAAUCAUGGUCGACAUGACCGCCUCGCACCUCCGCCUCCUCCGCUACCUGUGCCGUCAGUCCCUUUACAAAGAGAGGAGCCCGCGCCUUCGGUGAGCCCGAGCUCAUUCAGGCGCUUCGUCUCACUGCGGAAGCGAUCAGACGGGUCCGUUUCAUCGUGGGCAUCUUCCUCCUCUGGGUCUUCCAUCUCGCAAAACUCCUUGCAUUCUCCCACAUCAUACGCGUCUUCUCGCACGAGUCUAGCCGAAUAUGACAAGGCCGACAUGCAUCAUGGUGAAAAGGAGGAGACUGCAUCAAGGUUUGGAUCCGCCAGCAGUCCCAGUGCGACCGAGAACGGAGCUCUCGAUGGGUAUCGCACUGCAUUCUGGAACAAAGUUGCCAGUGCUGCUGACAAUCUGCGGGUGAAUGUGAAUAAGGCAUUAGGGACCACUGUUUCCCCUGAUGUUGAUGAAGAAACACCGCUCGGACAGGAGUCUAGGCUGACACGAGCGAUGAAGGCAUACCAUUUGAAGAAGGCGCGAGACGCUAAUGACCUUCCUGAUUGGCUUUUUGAUGGGCGGGACCGAGAAGUUAUCAACCGGUUGCGAAACACAUCCCCAACCCCGGCUGAGCAGAUGCCCGACGUUGGAGUGGAGCGCGGGAGAACAGCUCUUCCCCAUCAGAAGCGUUCCCCUUCUGUAGCCCAUCGCGACGACAGCGUCUCUGCGUGGCGACCUUCGCACUCUCGGGCAUCGUCUACCUCUUCUGUGCAGUCGCGUAUGUCGGUACACGCGACGACACCGUCGCGAGAUACCAUGAACCGAUUGAAGGAACUUCGUCUCGCGAAACGCAAUGCCAGAGUCCGCUUUGCGGACGAUGAGGAUGGGGAGAGUGACUCGGGAUACACGUCUUCUAGGGGUAGGCCGUCGCGCGUCACGAGGAAUGAUGCCCCACCCAGUUCUUUCAGAGCUGUGUCUCCACCUCCUCCAGGAGAAAAUCCAAUUCUCCGCAGACGGCCAACUGGUUAUCGUCCGCCGUUGCCUUCCGUUGAGAGAAAAGCCUCGGGUCGCGUGGGUCUACCUUCGAGCGUGCGGCUUCAGACAGUCUGA